AUGGAAAACGACCCGAAUAACACAACGGCGGGUCGCGAGACUGGACGGUGCAUGUCGGUGGCGGCGAUGCAGGCGCUACACCGGCUGCGCGAGUGCCGGCUGCUCUGCGACGCUAUAGUGCGCGCGGACGACGGCGCCGCCUUUCCCGUGCACCGUGCCAUCCUCUCUGCCUGCAGCCCAUACUUCCUGGCACUAUUUACAACAACAUUGCACUCUCGCGAACAAAGCGACGUGCUGAUAUCGGGCGUGCGCUCGGAGAUCCUGUUGCUGCUGAUCGAGUACGCGUACCUGCGCCGCAUCGAGGUCACCGACGCGAAUGUCCACGAGCUGCUCAUGACUGCCGACUACCUCGCCUUCCUGGGCGUGCUGCAGCUGUGCUGCGACCAUCUCAGAGCCUCUCUUAAUCCCAAGAAUUGUCUCGGUAUUAUGAUGUUUGCGAGACGCGUAUUUUGUUACAAGCUCGAAGCGGACGCUAGACGUUACCUGUUGCGUUAUUUCGUGACUGUAGCGACACAAAGCGAUGAAUUCCUCCACCUGCCUCUCGAGGAACUCAACUCUAUUAUACUGGAAGACGAACUGAACGUGAAAAGUGAAGAAGUGGUCUGGGAAGCGGUGCUCCGCUGGGUUAACUAUGACCCAGACAGCCGCUGGCAGCAUACCGUCAAACUGAUGGGCAGUAUACGGCUCGGACUACUUGACACACAAUUUUUCUUAGAAAACGUAAAAGACCAUCCGUACGUUACCGGCAACGAAGGUUCACGACCCAUUAUUAUUGAAACCCUGAAGUUCCUGUACGACUUGGAGAUGAUCGCUCAGAGAGACGGUGAAGUCGCCACGCCGGAGAUAGCCCGCCCCAGAGUUCCACACGAAGUUCUUUUCGCAAUUGGAGGAUGGAGCGGCGGUUCACCGACGGCAUUCAUUGAAACGUAUGACACAAGAGCAGAUCGAUGGAUAAAGGUGGAGGAAGUGGACCCAGCAGGUCCUCGAGCAUAUCACGGCACAGCUGUCUUAGGAUACUGCAUCUACGUGAUCGGUGGCUUCGAUGGCAUGGACUAUUUCAACUCGUGUCGCUGUUUCGACGCCGUUUCAAAGUCAUGGCGUGAGGUGGCACCAAUGAACGCUCGACGCUGCUACGUGUCGGUAGCAGUCCUGGGGGAGACGAUAUACGCGAUGGGCGGCUACGACGGCCACCACAGACAGAACACGGCGGAGAGGUUCAAUCACCGCACUAACCAGUGGUCCCUGGUCGCGCCCAUGAACGCGCAACGGUCUGACGCGAGCGCUGCUGCGCUGGAUAAUAAGAUAUACAUAACGGGUGGUUUCAACGGCCAGGAGUGCAUGAACAGCGUGGAGGUGUACGACCCUGACACGAACCAAUGGACGAACUUGGCGCCCAUGCGCUCGCGCCGCUCCGGCGUCUCGUGCAUCGCUUACCACAACAAGAUCUACGUGAUCGGUGGUUUCAACGGCAUAUCUCGAAUGUGUAGCGGCGAGGUGUACGACCCCGCCGCAAACACGUGGGCCCCCGUGCCCGACAUGUACAACCCUCGCAGCAACUUCGCCAUUGAAGUCAUCGAUGACAUGAUAUUCGCUAUUGGGGGCUUUAACGGAGUCACCACCAUCUACCACGUCGAGUGCUACGAUGAGAGGACCAAUGAGUGGUACGAGGCAACAGACAUGAACAUCUACCGGUCGGCGCUAUCAGCGUGCGUGAUCAUGGGCCUGCCCAACGUGUACGACUACAUACACAAACACCGGGAGCGGCUGAUGGAAGAGAAACGACAGAAGAUCCUGCUGUCAGAGACGGCGCGCCAUGGACAGCAUCGCACGGCUUUGCCUGAUAGUAACCGGCCGUGGUUGGUGCAGGUGCACCUGAUGGAAGACAACGACGACAUGCUGGAACAGCUGGGUCUCAUGGAGAACCAGGCUGCGAACAACGAUGCGCCCGCGCCGCCUCCGCCGCCGCCGCCGCCACCCCUCCCUCCGCAGCCUAUGGAGCAGGAUUAGCGCACUCCAAGGUCUCACUGUUAUUCGAAAAGCCUACCCGACGAUAGUAAACUAACUACCUAAUCAAUAAGAUGAAGAAAUAAAAGUCUUAGGAAAAAGUAUAGUGAAGUUAAUAUUAUGUAAAAUUAUUAUGUAACCGUCCUUUAUUUUUAAAAAUAUUUACAUUUAUUAUAGCAAUUUUGGCAUAUUUAUAAUGUUGUGAUAUUUUCAU